AUGGACGCGAAGUCGUGGAAGGCCUCCUGGCUUACUCUCCUCCCACUCCUGUCGUCUGCACAAGCAAAGUCCCUAUGGUCCACCCGCGCCGCAAAUAGCUCCGACAUAAUCCGCACCGCCUACCCGCUCGGCAAUGGACGUUUGGGCGCCCUCUCCCACGGCGCACCCCUCGCCGAGUUCCUCGUGCUAAACGUCGACAGCCUAUGGUCAGGUGGCCCCUUCGAAGUAUCCAACUACACGGGCGGCAACCCCAAUGCCUCUGUCGCAGGACGUCUUGAAGGGACAAGAGACUGGAUCUUCGAGAACGGAACGGGGAAUGUAACGGAGUUGUUGGGCGAUGAUCGGUUUUAUGGGAGUUAUCGCGUGUUGGGGAAUCUGAGUGUCACUGUGCCGUCGCUCGCGGGCAGCAACACUUCUAUUAACGGGUAUGAGAGGAGGUUGGAUUUGGUGGAAGGCGUACAUACGACCAAAUUUUCCGCCGAUGGGCAGAACAUCGAGACGAGCGCGUUUUGUUCGUUUCCGGAUCAGGUGUGCGUGUACACGAUUCAGUCAUCGAGAGGUCUUCCGGCGCUAGAGGUACGUCUCGACAAUGAGCUCGUCGAGUCGGAGUUGCAGAACGUUACGUGCUUCGAUGGAAAAGGGUAUGGGAACGACACGGCGCAUGUCCGUCUGCGAGGAGUGACGCAGCUAGGGCCGCCAGAGGGUAUGCGGUACGAUGCGAUUGCGCGUGUUGUGUCCGGCUCAAGCGUUCAAACGUCUUGCAACAACGGUACUAGGGCGCUGAGCAUCGUGCCUGGAAACAAUACGACGAGCAUCGCGAUUGUUGUCGGCGCGGGAACGAACUACGAUCCCAAGAAAGGCACAGCCGAGUUCGGAUAUUCGUUCCGUGGAGGUGACCCAGGACCAGCCGUUGAAGCCACCACACGCGCUGCUGGUAUGAAAACGCUCGAUGCGUUGCGCGAAAACCACGUUGAAGACUUCACAUCCCUCACUAGCCGCUUCUCGCUCUCACUUCCCGACCCUUCAAGCUCCGUCGACACACCAACAUCGGAACUCAUCGCGCGCUACAACGUGAACGACACCGCUGGCGAUCCAUUCCUUGAGAACCUCCUCUUCGACUACGCGAACUACCUCUUCAUCUCCGCCUCUCGCCCUGGCUCUCUGCCACCGAACCUCCAAGGCCGCUGGAGCGAAGGCCUAGGCGCCGCGUGGUCGGGUGACUACCAUGCAAACAUCAAUCUUCAGAUGAACCACUGGACUGCCGAUCAGACUGGACUAACAGACUUGCAGUCUCCAUUGCACGACUACAUGGCUGACAACUGGGUCCCCCGCGGUCAAGAGACGGCGAAGCUCCUGUACGGUGCGCCGGGCUGGGUAGUGCACAAUGAGAUGAACAUCUUCGGACAUACUGGCAUGAAGAGCGGGGCGUCCUGGGCGAAUUAUGCGGCUGCGGCGGCGUGGAUGAUGCAGCAUGUUUUCGACCAUUGGGAGUACUCGCAAGAUGCCAGUUGGCUGCAGGCGCAGGGCUACCCCAUACUGAAGGGUGUUGCCGAGUUCUGGCUGGACCAGCUGCAAGUCGAUGAGUUCUUCAAGGAUGGAACGUUGGUGGUCAACCCGUGCAACAGCCCCGAGCAUGGGCCAACGACGUUUGGAUGUGCGCACUUCCAGCAACUGGUGCACCAAGUAUUUGAAGCUGUGCUUUCUGUGAAAGCUUUUAGCGGCGAAACAGAUGAAGCGUUCGUGACGAAUGUGACGAGCUCGCUUACUAGGUUGGACAAAGGCUUCCAUAUCGGCGAGUGGGGCCAGAUCAAGGAAUGGAAGCUGCCUGAUUCUUUCGGCUACGACUUCGUCAACGACACGCAUCGUCAUCUCUCCGAGUUGGUGGGUUGGCAUCCGGGCUAUAGUUUGUCGUCAUUCUUAGGCGGAUACAGCAACGCUACGAUCCAAGAAGCUGUAGCACAGAAGCUGUACAGUCGUGGUGAAGGCAACGCAGAGGACGCAAACGCAGGCUGGGCGAAAGUUUGGCGAUCUGCCUGCUGGGCUCGACUCAACAACACCGAAAGAGCGCACUUUGAGCUGCGGUAUGCCAUCGACACAAACUUUGUUGACAACGGCUUCUCAAUGUACUCUGCGACAAAUACGCCUUUCCAGAUCGACGCAAAUUACGGUAUCGGUGGUGCAGUGUUGAGCAUGCUCGUGGUCGACCUGCCGAAUGCAUUCGGAGACAACAGCACAAGAACCGUGGUGCUCGGCCCAGCGAUCCCUGCAGCUUGGGCUGGUGGUAAGGCUGAAGGUCUCACGCUGAGGGGUGGUGUGGCGAAUGCGAAAGUCAAGAAUCGCAGUGCUCCAUUGCGUAUUGUGUAA